UGUAUAUAAACUCAGCGUCGCCACCGCUCAACAGCACCUCCAGCAGCAGAGAUGCAUCUCAGCAAAGCGUGCUUGCUUAGUUUGGCCAGCGUCCUUAUUGUUUGUGCAAAUCAAGCUGAAUGCCAGCAAACCGUACCCACCUACCAGCACAGGGACCAGGAGACAGGACAGAUGCUGACAUGCAGCCGUUGCCCUCCAGGAAAGCAUAUGGUGAAACACUGCACAGGUCAAGAUGAUACUUUGUGUGCACCCUGCUUAGAAAACCACUACACACAGUUUUGGAAUUAUGUAAAGAAAUGUCUAUACUGCAAUACUUUCUGCAGUGAAAACCAAUACACUAAACAGGAAUGUAACUCAACUCACAACAGAGUGUGCGAAUGCAGAGAUGGUUACUUCUUGGAAUUUGAAUUUUGUGCAAAGCACAAAGAAUGUGAUCCUGGAUUUGGAGUUAAGAUUGCAGGCACUCCACACAUGGACACACAAUGUGAAAUAUGCCCUGACGGUUUCUAUUCAUCGAUAAGUUCUACCACUGAGCAAUGUAAGAGACACACAGACUGCAGUGCAUUGGAUUUAAAGCUGGACGUUCCUGGUACUUCAUUAUAUGACAACUUGUGUGGUCCCUGCCAGCCUGGUUCCUCCAAAGAGGGUCUUUCCAAGUGCGAAGAAAUAUUUUUCUAUUUCGUAUCACAACAAAAUUUGAAGCAACGCCAAAUUUUCAGUAUAGGAAAAACUCUGCUUAAGCUGCCCAGAGCUAAUAUAUUGGAAAGAUGGAAUAAGGGACAGCAUCAGCAGCAAGUUAUAGAUUAUCUAAUAGAAUGGAAGAGAAAGCAGAAAAAGAGGAUAACCGUAGAAAUGUUAGUGGGAGUACUGAAGAGAAGCAAAAUGAACUCACUUGCCAGAAAAGUGUCAAACAAGUUCCUUAAAAAAAUGAUGGAUUCAGUGCAAAAUAACGAGAUUUAAUAUCGACUGCCUUGCAGAGGUAUUUUAAAGAAAAUCAAAGGCAAGUUAGUUGCUUCCCAGAUUCUAUUCAUUUUUCACAAUAUAUUUCCAUCUCAGUAUUCUUCAAGCAGUUUAAUAGUGAUUAAUGUGUGAAUUUCUACUCAUCUACCAAUGGAACUUAGAAA